GACACAUCUGCUCUACUCACCAAUAAAAUGGCAGAUACCUAUGGGGAUAAAGAUUUGCUCCACAUGGAGGCUAAGAAACAAUUGCAGCCUGGGAAAACAAAGCUGCCUUCAGCUGCUGCUGUUGCUGGGACCAAGUCCAUCAUUCUGCUGUAUGUCCUGCUGUUGAUGGUCACUGUAGGCUGGGUAGUCUUCAUCAUACUGGCCUUCAUAAAAUACUCUGCCCUGACUGAAGAGAUUCAGCACCUCCAAAUGAGUCAAGUCACCCUGAAGGAGAACAGUUCUGCAGAAAUCGAAAGCCUGAGAAGGAAACAAGCUGGGUUGAUGAGCAAUGAUUCUGCAGUGACAAAUUGGGAUUCCCGUUUCCUAACACAUGAAUCUCAGCUAUCCUCCACACUGAACAGUUUAUCUUCCCAGUUCCAAGCUCAAGUGUCUCAGAUGUCAUCCAACUUGAAGAAUUUCUCUUCCCAGCUUCAAGCCCAAGAUUCUCAGAUCUCCUCUGCAGUGACAAAUUGGGAUUCCCAUUUCCUAACACACGAGUCUCAGAUAUCUUCCAUGCUCAACAGUUUAUCUUCCCAGCUCCAAGCCCAAGUGUCUGACAUGUCAUCUAGGCUGAACAAUAUAUCUUCCCAGCUCCAAGCCCAAGAGUCUCAGACAUCAUCCACGCUGAGCAGUUUAUCUACCCAGCUCCAAGCUCAAGAUACUCAGAUCUCAUCUGCAGUGACAAAUUGGGAUUCCCGUUUCCUAAAUCACGAGUCUCAGAUGUCAUCCUACCUGAAGAAUUUAUCUUCCCAACUCCAAGCCCAAGAUACUCAGAUCUCCUCUGCAGUCAAAUUCCACUGA